GAAGGAACUAAGCGCCUAUUCAAGUCCAAAGAGACCAGAGGAGUCAAGACGGCGGACUCAGUAGCAAGCUAGACUCCUGCAAGAGCUGCUUGUCGGCCACGUUGCUUCCCGUCUUCAAAAUGGCUUAUCACAGUCCCUACAGAGCUCCUCCGCAUAUAAACAACCCUCCGGAUCAGAGCUUUUUGUGGAAUAUCUUCCAGAGGGUGGACAAGGACCGCAGUGGGGUGAUAUCAGACUCGGAGCUCCAGCAGGCCUUAUCAAAUGGCACAUGGACACCGUUCAACCCCGUGACUGUGCGCUCCAUAAUCUCCAUGUUUGACAGGGAAAAUAAGGGCGGCGUGAACUUCAACGAGUUCGCGGGCGUGUGGAAAUACAUCACAGAUUGGCAGAACAUCUUUCGAACCUACGACAGGGAUAACUCGGGCUUCAUCGACAAGAACGAGCUCAGACAGGCACUGACCGGAUUUGGUGAGCAGCAAAGGUAUCGUCUAUCAGAUCAGUUUUACGGUACGCUGAUUGAGAAGUUUGAUCGACAAAGGAAGGGACAGGUGGCCUUCGAUGACUUCAUCCAAUGCUGUAUCGUACUUCAGAGGUUGACCGAUGUUUUCAGGAGGUACGACACGGACCAAGAUGGCUGGAUCCAGGUGUCAUAUGAACAAUAUCUAUCCAUGGUCUUUAAUAUAGUAUAAUGGCAGCAAAGGGCAGCACAACGAACUGGACAGAACUGUGCCAAAAAGAAAAAAAGCUACUGGCACUUCCUGGAUGUCCGCCACGGUGGACACUACAAGAUUUUUUUCCUGGCGCUACGUUGGGCUGGCUCACACAAAUGUAUAGCAUUGAUCUAAACGAGUGACUAUCCAAGGUGUGUCAGAAAAGACUGGCAUAUAUUUCAAACACACAGGUUCUCCCUGAUGUCUAGAAUACACAUUCCCAGUCUCCAGCACUUCUGGAAGGAUUCUUCCGGCCAAAUUUUCAAAAUGUUGACAAGAAAAUAGGUUGGGGUGAGUAGGGAGCCUACUCAAGCACAGCGAUUCCGAUAUUCUUUUCAGCCUGGAACUUUCAGAUGCUCAGGGUAUUGUGAGCAGGCAGGCAUGUUUUCAUGGUGAAGCAGUCGCACGUUGUCCUGCCACAACUUUCACCUCCCCUCGCCAAUGCAACAGGAUCUCGUGGUAGAUGUAUUGUUUGAAAAUCAGUCUGGACAACAUGAGCCCCCCCCCCGUAGAGUACAGUGGAAGUUUGAAAUAUAUCUUUUGUGACACCAGUCCUGGAACUUUACUGACACAUUUUGCAUUAGGGUGCUUUUGUGUCUUAUUUUUGAAGUUGUCACAUGGCAAGUGCAAACUUUCAAAAAAUCUUGUAGUGUUACUUGCGGACCAAUCUUCAUUUAUGUAUGUAUCGAGCACUCCAAAUUAGGGAUUACAAUGGUGCCUUGAGAUACGAGUUAAGCAGUUGACAUUUUCUUUUGAACUAAAGUGACGUGUAUGGAAAACAGCCAAAUAAUUGCCGAAAUAAAGCCUCCGCCAGUUCAUUGCUUUUGCUAGUUAGCUUCUGUUGACAGAAAAUGUAUAGCUACUCAGUCAUAUACUCUCUCGUAUGCUUUGAACAGUUAUCAGUGCCAUAUUGAUGAGAUCAGAGAGGAGUUGAGAUGUUAUGAAUCCCACCGACGUGCUAGGCAAAAACAUGUCUGUGUCAUAGAAUUGCCUACUGCGGGAUUCAUAAAAACACACCUCAAUGAUCCUCAUUCUUAUACUGACCCAAGUGGUAAAAGCACACGCAACAGAUGGAGCAGCUUUUUUUGUUGUGUUGGGACCAAAAAAAA